UUCACAGACAUUCCACAAUCGGCCGUGGGCUAAUCGGAUCGAGUCCUGAUCGUCGUUCGACUUUUCUAGCGUUCGAUUGCCGUACGAUAGGAUCAUCUAUUUUCAUGACUAGAUAAUAAUUCGCUAACAACAACAACAACAAUAAAAAUGCACGAAAAAGAAUUCCUGUUAACGUUGACCGUACUGUUGCAUAUAUCGGCGUACGGUGUGGUUAAUGCCGGAUCGCCAACCGGUGUGUACAUGGACAAUGGUGUCCAGACGGUCAAGCAAGAUUUCAUGUCGGUCGAGGAACGAAACGAAGUUGAACAAGAGAUACUGACCAUGUUUGGUGUGCCGAAAAUACCACGAAAAUCUCCAAAGAACCUGGACGGUUCAGCACCACAGUUUUUGUUUGAUGUCUAUAGAUCCAUACAACUAGAUGGUUCGCAUGACAGAAAAGGAAGAAGUGUUACAGACGUUGGUCAAUACGAUGAUCGUACCGUACAAGACAGUGAUGUCAUUGUCACACUAUACCUAUCAAAUCAUUCUCCAGUUAGUAAUGUUCGGCACGAACAUGGUAAACGGAUUUUAUUUGAAUUAAAUGAUGUACCGCCUGAAGAAACUCACAUGAUUACUUCAGCUGAGGUUCAUUUGUAUCAAUCGGGUAGCUCAAGUAAUGUUAAGAUGUAUUCGGUAUCUUUGUAUCAAGUUUUAAUUUCAAAAAAUGGAGAAAAAGAAUUAGAAUUUGUGGAUACCCAAAACACUACAACAGAUUAUGAUGGAUGGCUUCGAUUUAAUGCAACUGGUACUCUAGUUUCAUGGACCCAUUAUUUAUACCCCAAUAGAGGAUUCUAUGUUUCUGUACAUUCUCAUGAUAAUCGAGAACACGAAAUCAAACCAGAAGAAAUUGGUAUGGUGACUUGGGCUGACAAACAUCAAUUAUCUGAAGCAAAAAAACCUUUUAUGGCUGUUUAUUUGAAGUCCAGAAAUGGAGGUAAUAUAGUUGGUGGUCCCUCUCUUCAAAAACAUUAUAGACGAAGAAGGAGGAAAACUGUUGAAAGUAGUUACAACUCAAACCCAUUUCAAAAUGUAGCAGAAGGGUUUCAAUCUAGAAGUUGUCAAAUACAAACAUUAUAUGUGAACUUCAGAGAUCUUGAAUGGCAGGAUUGGAUAAUUGCGCCUGAUGGUUAUGGUGCAUUUUAUUGCACCGGUGAGUGUAAUUUCCCACUCAAUGCUCAUAUGAAUGCGACUAACCAUGCAAUUGUUCAGACAUUGGUGCAUUUGAUGAGUCCUAUACAGGUCCCUAAACCAUGUUGUGCACCAACAAAAAUGGGUCAACAAGCAGUACUAUUUUUUUUGGAGGAUAAUAACGUUAUAUUAAAGAAGUAUAAGAACAUGAUUGUUAAAAGUUGUGGGUGCCAUUAAAAAUUACCCAUUUGAUUUAAAACAAAAGGUCUAUACAAGGCCGUUUAAGAAAUCUGAUAUUGACAAUUAUUUAUAGGAAACUUUUUUUACUCCGUCGUCUUAAGAUUAUCGUUAACUAUUGUGUAAUUUAACACAACCAACUAUUGACACAGAUAAGAAAAAAAGUAAACAAUUUCUAUAUUAAAUACUUUAGGGUGUAGUAAUAUUUUAUUUACAGUAAAACUGUAUAUUUUAAAUUUAUCAUAUUUAAAUUAAAAAUAUUUUUUUGUUUUCAAUUUAAAUUACAAAGAUAAACAAUACUUUUUUAUUUUAAUUAGUUUGAGUUAAGUAAAUAUAAUAACUAUUUUGAAAUCUCUUAUUUUAAGAAAAAUACAGUAAACUGCCUAACUUUUCUUGUUGAAAAAUAAUUUGUUUUGUUUAUAAUUCCUCGUAGCAAAAAGUAACUAAGUGUUCUUUAGUUAGCAUCACUAGUGCAAUUGCAGGAGGGUGCUUACUGUUGUUUAGCAAUAGCAAAAUGUAUUGACAAUAAUAAACUUUUAUCUUUAAAACAUAUAUACAAUUUACUGUUAUCUAAAUAAAAUUUGAUUUCUAUUCAUAUUAUAAAUUAUGUUUUGAAUGAUCACAAACUAAUUUAAACAUAAUUACAUAAUGACUUAAUACUAAACACACAUAUGUAUAAAUAGGUAUAUAUCACCUAUUGUUAUUGCUGUACAAGUUAAUUCAAAAUGAAUACUUUUUAUAAGGAGUGGAGAGGUCCUUUUCCGGAACUUAUAUUAAUUUAUUUUAGAACAGUAAUUUUGUAUUCAUAUUCUAUUGGUUAGCACAUUUCAUAAAUAUGGAAUUAAUUUAAAAUCUAUGGAAAAAAUUGUAAUACACCUUUCAAACAAUACUUAAUGUAUAGCCUUGUCAAAUCUUAUAACUUUUUUCCAAUUUUUAUUUAUAAAUUAAAUAACAUUCCAAUUUAUACAUUUAAUGUGUGUAAUAAAUUAAGUAUACUGAAUAUUUUAAAUGAGAUUAUUAUUAAUUUAAUCAGCUUUAUAUGAUUGGAAACUUUAUUUACAUUUCUAAUAAUAUUUAUUAAUUUUGAUAAAUGGUUGUUUUUUAUUUUAAUGUAUGGCUCUUUAAUUUAGCAUGUUAAGUUUAAAAAAAACUGUUACAAAAUUAGUAUUGCUCAAACUUGUUUUAUCUUUAUAAUAUGUGCCUUAUUGAACAUUUAUUUUGUGUAACUAUAGAUGAAUAUUUGUAUUGUGGUGACACAUGUAUAAUACUACAGUUAUUAAUAAAACAAAUAGUAUAACAAUUUUAGGAAACUCAAUGAAAAGUAGGCAUAACUAUAAUCUUUUAUAAAAGUUAAAUAUUUGAUUAAAAAUUAUCACCAAAGUUCUUUAUGUACAUAAUGGUGAAAUAUCAGAUAUUUAUAGAGGUCAAGACUUUAUAAAUCGGUUUUAUAUACCAAUAUUUUAACUUAUAUUGUAUAAUAAUUGACAGAAUCCAUGUAAUUCAAUUUUUUAGACUAUUUUAUACACUUUGUAAACAUUAUUGAAUAGUUUAUGUUUAUAGUAUCGUUUACAUUAUAUACUACAUGCUACAAGAUAUUAGAUGUUAAUUUUAUAUACGUCCACUGUCCACUGUUCCUAUACUUAUAUUAUAUGUUCACCUAUUUAGAAAAUUUACAUUAAAUAUUUUAUAGUACUUAAAAAUUAUGAUAAUGAUUUAUAAUAUAAUUAUAAUAUAAGAGUUUUCAACAAAUAAUAUUUAUACAUUGUAUUAAGGCAAAAAAAAAAAUGUACAAUUCGUCCUAGAGACUCAUGACUUUUAUAACAACAAUUUUUUGAAAUAAAUAUAUUGUGAUCAUACAA